GAUCGCAGACUUGUCGGCACAGUAAUCAGACAUCUCAACGCGAUCCCCACAAAUAAGAACUGAGAACUAAACCCUAGAAAUAAUAAAAGCGAAAAUUCAGAGUGAUUAUUAAAGUGAAUUUACAAUACAAAAAACAAAAGCUGAUAGUUAACUUUUGGAGAAAAUCUAAUCAUAAUUCUAUGAAUCUUCCUCUCACAGUUCUCCAAAUAAUCCUAUUAUCAAAUCUUGUGUUGUGUGUGUGUGUUUCAGUGAUAUUUAAAGUAAUUUAACAAGAUUUACAAACCUGAAAUGAGCUUGACGCAACAAGCGGCUGGCGACGCAAUGCAAUCAUCGACUGAUGCGGGCAAAGAUGGCACACGCAAAUACCCAGCACACCAGCAGCAGCAUCAGCAGCAGCAGCAGCAGCAAUCAGUGGAGACGGGAGCAGAGGGAGCAGCAGCUAAUCAAACCACAUCCUUCACCAUAAAUGGCAACAAUCCUCCACAGCAGACGCCCAGUAAGAAUCCGUUCAAGCAGCAGCUGGAAAGCAGUCAGCAGAAUGGCAACACGGAGGCGGAUUGCGGGAUCAUGGGAUUGGGCAAGGAGGCGCAGCCACAACAACAUCCGCCACAGCAGGCGCCACCGCAACCGCCAUAUUAUGGGGCAAGUGGACAAGCGCCUCCGGAUCUGUAUCGUCAGGAAGAUCCUCGGGCGGCGGGCACAUGGGCGGCUGCCAAAUCGUGGAUGGUCAGCUGGCGUGGCUCCAAUCGGCUUGUCCUGGUCAUUGUUGCCAUUGCUCUGCUCCUCGAUAACAUGCUGUUAACGACUGUCGUUCCCAUCAUACCCGAGUUCCUGUACGACAUACGACAUCCGGACGCUCCACUCGACAGCUUUCCCCGCACACCGCUCACCCUGAACACGCCUCCAACGCCCACACAGUCACCGUGUCCCUGCAAGGACAACGAAAAUGAACCAGAGGCGCCGAUCGAGACCACAUUCAGUCCAGAAGAAAACUACACAUAUUAUAAGGAGUUGGAAGCACGGCACAAUGAGUUGGUCGGUGAAACAGUCGAAGUGGGUCUUCUCUUUGCCUCCAAGGCAAUUGUUCAGCUGCUGGUUAACCCGAUUGUUGGUCCUCUUACGCAUCGCAUUGGCUAUAGCAUACCCAUGUUUGCCGGCUUUGUCAUUAUGUUCCUGUCCACGAUAAUCUUCGCUUUUGGUCGCUCCUAUUUGGUGCUGUUCAUUGCACGAGCUUUGCAAGGUAUUGGUUCUUCCUGCUCCUCCGUGUCGGGCAUGGGCAUGUUGGCGGAUCGCUUCACCGAUGACAAGGAGCGUGGCAACGCAAUGGGAAUUGCUCUGGGUGGCCUUGCGCUUGGUGUGCUCAUCGGACCACCGUUUGGUGGCGUGAUGUACGAGUUUGUGGGCAAGUCUGCGCCGUUCCUGAUCCUUGCUGCCUUGGCGCUGGGCGAUGGCUUGCUGCAGUUGUUCAUGCUGCAGCCAUCGAUCCAAAAGGCAGAAUCCGAGGAGCCACCAUCGCUGAAGAGUCUCAUCAGUGAUCCGUACAUUUUGAUAGCUGCUGGAGCCAUCACGUUUGCAAACAUGGGCAUUGCCAUGUUGGAACCAUCGCUGCCAUUGUGGAUGGUGGACAAUAUGGGGGCAACACGUUGGGAGCAGGGCGUGGCAUUUUUGCCCGCCUCCAUUAGCUAUUUGAUUGGCACGAACUUGUUUGGACCACUGGGACACAAAAUUGGACGCUGGUUUGCUGCCUGUCUGGGAUUGGUUAUCAUUGGCGCUUGUCUGAUCUUCAUUCCAAUGGCCACUUCGAUCACGCAUCUGAUAAUACCGAAUGCUGGCUUGGGCUUUGCCAUUGGCAUGGUGGACUCCUCGAUGAUGCCAGAGCUGGGCUAUCUGGUGGACAUACGUCACUCGGCGGUCUAUGGCAGUGUCUAUGCCCUGGGAGACGUUGCCUUCUGUGUGGGCUUUGCUGUCGGACCGGCGCUCUCGGGAUCGCUGGUCAAGACUAUUGGAUUCGAGUGGAUGUUGUUUGGCAUCGCCAUUCUCUGCUUCCUGUAUGCCCCACUGCUGACGCUCCUGAAAAACCCGCCGACCAGCGAUGAGAAGAAGUCUUUAAUCUAUGGUCGCGAUAAAUCACAGGUACGUUAUGUAACCUAUCAAAAUUACGAUGACGACGAAUAAAUCUCCGAAACAAUGAAAUUUCAAAGCAAUGUCAUUCAAAAAUGACCAAAAAUCCUAAAAAAAAAAAAUAAAUGAAAUAUGAAAGGCAAAGGCAAAGAAUACAAAAAACUACAACCAAAAAUAUCAGAAAUAUCAUAUGAACUCAAGAAAAUUGUUAUAAUUGUUUAAUAUUUAAUAAAAGAAUAAAAAUAACCAAUCCAUAACUAUGCUUAUAACUUAGGCAUAUCACACAGUUAUUGCCAAGCACACAAAAUAUUGCCAUAUUCAUCCUUAACUUGACCAAGAAGCAAAUCGAAUCAAAUAGAAACUCAAAAUAUUUCAGUCUUAAAAAAAAAAAAGAAAAUUUGGUUAACAUUCUUUGAUUUCAUAUUGGAAUUUAUACAAAUUUGAUUUCUUCCCUAAAUAUAUGUUAUCUAUACAAUUAUAUAAUUUAAAAGAUGAAACAAAACUAGUCAAAUAUAUUAGCUUACAUAUUGCAAACUUAAAUGUUAAAGAAAUUUCGCAAAAAAAACUAAAGAGUAAAAUCAAAGUUAUUUUUAAAUACGUGAAAUAUUUGUAAAGAAAACAAAACCAAACAACAAAAGGCUUUCGAGCUCGCUUAAGCUGUAGAAGCUUUGAGCAUUAUAAAUCUUACUCCCAGAAUAGAAGGUAAUUGCAAUAUAUAACUAAGCACGUCCGUAAUUGCAGAGGCUUAAUGUGAACUCCAAAACCGAUCGCACAAAAUGAUAUAAAUACUUUUAUAUUUACUCUAUAUAGAACAUUUUUGUGUUAAAGCAAAAAUUUAUAUGAACAACGCGAAAGAUUUAGAAACCGGACAAAAGCGUAACAUACUUUUGAGGGUUGACUAGGAUACGUGGUAAAAAUACUUAGGAACUCACAACGUCAAUAUAAACAGUUUGAAGCAGUUUUAUGAACCAGUUUUCGAACCAGUUUUCGAACCAGUUUUCGAUAUAGUGUUCUAACCAGUUUUCGAACCAGUUAUGUUGACGCUGUGACAACCCUAGUGUUACAGGCGCAUUGUGCGAGGGUUAUCCGCAUAGACAUUAAUGCUGACAUUACAAGGCGAUGCAGGCAGCUCCUCCACAGCAGCUGUCCUACUCCGAUUGGGAUUGGACUGCGAUUGUCCAGCAGUUACUCGAUUCACAGAGAACCGCAGGUUUUUUAUCCUGCGGCUGCGAGGUGGUAAUCCUAAUGGGCAGAUUGUUUAUGCGAGUGUGUAUCGGAACACUGGACGUGAUGGGUUUUCCAUUCACGUGCAGAUUGAGCAGCUUGCGCUCGUUGUGAAGACUCGUGUUGCUGCUGCCGCCAUGCACAAUGGCAUUAAAAUUGGACGCCCCCGGAACUACGGCGUUCCACGGUCCUUGGUGCCGCCUUUGCCUGUGUUGUUGCAGGCGUCGCACUGUGCGGACACCUGCUGCAGAUCUUCUGCAAUCUUGACAGAUUCCCAGUAGACUUCUCUAAACGCUCGGCACGAUUAGCCUCCGAUGACGGCCGAACGUAGCACGGCGCCAUGCCAGGCAAACGUUCUGCGGAGGCGGGCGUGCUCAAAUGGGAUGUCAUCACAACUGGUUUUGUGAUCCGCUCUGUCAUAGACAUGGCGCGCAUUGGCUGGCGUUGAGCCUGUGCUUCCUUGCGUCGUCUCUCCGCUAAUUCCAGUUCUCUGCGGCGCUGCGUUUCACGCUCCAGCUCACGCAGCCUGUGAAACUCGCGCUCCGCUUCCAACUGGAGUAAACGCUCGUGAUCUCGCUGUCUUUCCGCUUGUCUCAAGCAUUCACGUUCCUGUUCACGCUGGCGCGCUAGCUCCUGCUCCUUGUGUAGCUCUUGUUGUCGCAGCUUCUCUAAGCGUUCACGCUCCGAUUGCAGCUGCAGCCGCUUGGCCAACAACACAUCCUUUUGCGAAUCUAAUACACUGAACUUGGACAAACGCUUAUCGAUCACGAAGCUCUUGGUGCUGCAGCAGCGACGUGGCAUGGUCACCUGACACUUGUCCGUAUUGUCUGCUUCUAUUUUGAUCUUCAGGGCCUUGCUGACAUCCACUUCGGAGUCAAUGCUAGUUAUAUUGAUGUUAAUCGUGCAGCCACUGCAACUACUUGCAGUGCGUUUAGGCGAAAGUUUGACUGAGGAUUGAGAUGGCUGCUUUGCCGGGGCCUUCAGAUUGGUGACUGAGGCACUUGCACUCUGUCGGAUCGUGGUGGCACUCUGUCCACGUCGCAUCGCUUGAUAAUCCUCCCGAUUGCAGCAGAUGCGAAGCAAUGGAUGAGGAUUAGCAGCGACAGGUGGAAUACUGGCCACCGGAUGCCGAUGGCGUUCCUGCGUCUUCGGCCCCGGAAAAAUCUCUCUGGUAACAGGUGGCGCAACGCGAUUAAAGUCUUGCAGAAAUUGACGACGCCGGGUCUCAAUAAAGGAACCCGCCGGUGGCGUCGCUGCCGCUAACUUUGACUCCGCAUUUCUAUUGAACUUCACAUUGUAGAAGUAGGUCUUGAAGGGCGUUGGUUCCGAUGGAAUAGGCGAUGGACGCUGAUAAUGCUGCAUCGGAUAAGCGGGUCGCUCGGCAUAAUGAAAGUUAUAUGAUUGAAUUUUGAAGGGAUCGUUUUGAAAGACAUCCAACGACGGACGACGAGUGUAAACACUGUUAGCUAAAUCUGCCCACAAGAAGGCCAUGAGAAUAGGUUCAUUCAGAAGAAAGUGUUAAGUUUGCGAGAAAUACUCACAGAAUGCGCGAUUCAUGUUAUGCAACAAAUUUUGUUCUUAAAACAUUUAGGCCAAAGCGGUACAGAGUAUUGCGAACAUCUAAACAGUAUUUUUCAAAAAAUAAAAUUUCAUUUCCAAUAUCCAAAACGAUAAUUUGAGCAACGAUGACUUUGUUUCACUUGAGAGGCCAAUGUUUUGGACCAACGAGUUUGGGGUUUGUGGGGCGCACAUUAAGUCCCUAUUGGCAAUAGGACGAGAGUUGUGCAAUAAUUUGGUUUAUCUACGACCAAACCUUCUUUAAGCAAAUCAAUUUAAAAUACUGUAUUCAAUUUGUUGAUUGUAUAAAUGUUAAAUGUUAAUCUAAAAUAACAAAGUUCACUUUAAACGAAAUCGAACUAUAUUUAUAAUAAACUGUGUAGUCAUGUUCCGAGAUUUAAUUUCGCUUAAAUUCUGUCCAUACUUUUCGGUUUAAAUAUAAAUUGACAGUGACAGAAUUUUUUUCAAAAUUAUACCUUAGAACAAGGCGGAAAUUCAAGUUAUCUGACGCAAUAAGGGAACUAAACAUAAGUUGAAUUAAACCAAUUUAGAUACUAGAUAUUCAUAUGCUUAAACAAGUGGAUACAAUGCGUGCUCAAAUUGUGAAUCUUUUAUUUACCUAAAAUCAAAAUCGAUUUUAUUAUUUCUUAGUAUAACGAUCAUUUGGAUCAAUUGGAUACUUACGCGAGCAACUUGAAUGGCUGCAAGUUGUUCUAAGCGUUGUAGACUUUGAGAGCUACGUAAAAUCCAUGAUUUUAAAUUGAAUACAACGCCAUCUAUUGGGCAAUUUAAAAAACACAUUUGAGCGCAUCAAUUUGCAAACUAGUAGAAAAGUUGAUAUUCAGUCGCAGGUAUACAAUGAGGUUACAUUAAAACAAAAACAAAAAACAAA